UUAUUAAUUUGACAACAAUAUUGGAAAUGGCCAAAAUAUUUAAUGUAGUUCUUAAAGUGUUUGGCAAUGCAACAGACCAGCGACAAAUUUUAUUUUAGCAUACAAAAAGAUUCUUGGGGAUAAAGUAGAUUUCAACCACGCCUUAAUUCUCAUAUAGCUUCCAAAGAACUAUUAAAUAAUUAACUGAAAGUUAAUGGAAUAUUUGGAUUCACAUCUUUACUACACAUUUAGGAAUACAAAAAAAUUGUGCAAAUCUGACAACAUUAAAAAAUUAAAAACUUAUGUAAUAACAUUUUGCUUCCUAACAUAUUGAUUUAGAGAAGUACUAUACAAGUAUGCGUAAAAUUUGACAUUGUGUUUGACAAACAGUAGGUCAAAUCUUGACAAACGAUUUUAGAAAUUGUAGUUUCAAAUGCAAGGGUAUAAAAGCUUCGGUAUGCCGACGCUGUUUGGGCCCGAGUUGCUGAUUAAAUUGAAAAACAAAUGCUUGAUAUUCAUAAACAGAAGAGUUAGCUAAUCUUGAUUUAUUAGACUAUCAAUGUUCACCAUCCCUAGUACGACAAAUGACACUCGACACACAGGUGCGGUGUUCUUUGUAAAAAUAUUUGGCAACAAAUUUGAAAUGUUAAAAACAUUAAAAAUAAACAAAUCUAGAGCCUUAAGAGUUUUUAUUGAUCCACUUCUUAAACAAAAAUAUAAUUUAAAAAAUUCUAAUGCAUAUCUCGAAGUUUAGAAUUUUAACACUCACACAUUUUUGCAACUUAUUUAUUUGCAAAAUGCAAAUCAACACAUGCAUCAAAAAUUUAGGAAUAACCUAGACUUUUUCUUUGUUUCACUUCUUUGAUUUCGAGAUAAUAUACUAUUACUAAUAGCUUAUUUUCUGUGGUUGCUAACCAAUUUAAAAUAUUAUAACAUUUUGAUACGUGCUGCAUUCCUCCUAAGUAUUACAAUAUAAUUAAACUUUAAGAGUGUAAGCGUCUAUCUUUCAAAACUUAACCCAAAAAUAUAAUUUAAAAAAAAUUUUUAAUGUAUAUCCCGGAGUAUAGAAUUUUUCACUCAUACAACGUAUUUAUUUUAAAAAUGUUUUUGAUUACUGCAGAUUUUUGUAUGCAAAUGCAACUCAUGCGUCUCUGCGUUUGUGGUGCAGCUGCUGCAGCAAUAAUCGCUCCACCGGCAUCCAAAUUUUAUUGCUGCUGGGUUGGUAAUUCGACUUCACAAGUAUGGCAAAAUCUGUCUAGUAGUCUACAAGAUUUGUAUCAGCGCCCAACUAUCUAAAUUUUCGACAUGCACCGUCUUUUGAGAUACAUAAAAAAGCGAUACCUUUAGUACAAGUCCAAAUCAUAUUGAACAUAUGAAUAAAAACAAUAAAUUUUACAUAUUACUACCAAAUGAACUAGAAAUUUUUAUAUUCUACAUAUAAAUAGUAAAAUGUUAAAUCUAAAAUUUAGAUUUAGACUCAUAUAAAUGUCUCUCCGCUUUAAAAGGGUAUAUAAAAACCGACCUCUUCGAAACAAGCAGCUAGUGCCGCAAAAAUAUCUAUACACGUAUAAGCAUAUGUUUUACAUAUGUACACAAAAAAAAAAGUUUUCAUAAGUGCAGUUCCUUUUAUAAAAUUAGCUGCAGUUUGCUUUUGUCGUUGUCAGUUAAAUGUCAGUGCUUAGCCGGGAAACUCGAAAGUCAUCAGUCGCCAAGUUGUGUACAGUCUUAAAAGUCCCUUCGCUCGUUGUUUAAUUUAUUUAAAAGUAGUAGAAAAGUUGACAAUAAUGUAUUCAAUAUCUUAUAAGCCAAAACAUGCUUGCUAUAAAGCAUGUAACUAUGCAAUGCGUAUCCCAAGAUUUUAUAAAUCCUACCAGCGUCAGCAGUUUUUUGCUGAAUCAAGUUUUGUGUGCAGUAGGUCGCGAUUUUGUGGAAAACGACCUGUUACGUUUCCAUCAGUCUCUGGAAGUCCGGUAAAUGCACCAACUGAGGUCAACAUGAAUGGCUAUAACCGAAAAUCUCCGCAAAAACGACGCUAUGAGAUGCCAAAAUAUGCCGGUGUAUCGCCAAAAAAGAAAAUCUGCAAGAAGAUCAUUCCGCAGCCGAAAAAUACAGUGGCAAUGCUGAAUGAAUUAAGACAUGGGCUGAAUUACGAAUUGGAGUCUCAGACUGGUCCGGUGCACGCACCUUUAUUUACAAUAUCCGUUGAGGUUGAUGGGCAGAAAUACAUGGGCCAGGGUCGCAGUAAAAAAGUUGCUCGCAUCGAAGCAGCAGCGACUGCACUACGGAGCUUUAUACAAUUUAAGGACGGAGCAGUUUUGUCGCCGUUGAAGCCAUCGAGCAAUUUGGACUUUACCAGCGAUGAACAUCUUGAAAAUGAUGUCAGCAAGAGUGCUAUUACUGUUGAUGGACAAAAAAAGGUUCCAGAUAAAGGACCCGUAAUGCUUCUUUAUGAGUUGUUUAAUGACGUUAAUUUUGAGUGCAUUAAUAUUGACGGAGCUCAGAAUAAUUGUCGGUUCAAAAUGACAGUCACAAUAAACGAAAAAAAAUUUGACGGCACAGGCCCUUCCAAAAAGUUAGCGAAAAAUGCAGCAGCUAAAGCGGCUCUUGCAUCGUUGUGUAACAUUUCCUAUAGCCCAAUGGUGGUGCCGCAGAAGAACGUACCUCUUCCAAUCGAUGAUAAGUCAUCCUCCAUGGAGUUGCCGCAGAUACAUGCUGAUACAAUUGGGCGACUGGUUUUGGAAAAGUUUAUGGAAGUUAUUAAAGGUCAGGAGGCUUACUCACGUAGAAAGGUUCUAGCGGGCAUCGUUAUGACCGAAAACAUGAAUUUUUGUGAAGCCAAAGUUAUUUCAGUUUCAACUGGUACAAAAUGUGUCAGCGGCGAGCAUAUGAGCGUGAACGGGGCUGUUCUAAACGAUUCUCAUGCUGAGAUAGUGUCCAGGCGUUGUCUGCUCAAGUACUUAUAUGCUCAACUGGAUCUCCAAUGCAAUCAGGCCACUGCAUAUCAGUCGAUUUUCGUGAGGAAUACUGAUGGGCAAUACCCUUAUAAACUAAAAUCCGGGGUACAUUUCCAUUUGUAUAUAAAUACAGCACCUUGUGGGGAUGCACGGAUAUUUAGUCCUCACGAAAACGACACUGGUGUUGAUAAACAUCCAAAUAGAAAAGCUCGUGGACAAUUGCGUACCAAAAUAGAGUCCGGUGAGGGGACAAUUCCAGUUAAAAGCAGCGAUGGAAUACAAACCUGGGACGGCGUAUUGCAGGGCCAGCGCUUGCUAACAAUGUCGUGCUCUGAUAAAAUAGCCCGUUGGAACAUCGUGGGAAUUCAAGGCUCCUUAUUGUCUUCCAUAAUUGAACCAGUGUACCUGCAUUCGAUUGUGCUGGGCAGUUUGUUGCACCCAGAGCACAUGUAUCGGGCAGUGUGUGGCCGAAUCGAAAAGUCUAUUCAAGGUCUGCCACCGCCGUAUCAUUUAAAUAAGCCACGCCUGGCAUUAGUUACUUCGGCAGAACCUCGAAAUCAGGCCAAAGCUCCGAACUUUGGGAUUAAUUGGACCAUUGGAGAUACUGAGUUAGAGGUAGUGAACUCGCUCACUGGUCGAACAAUUGGUGGUCAAGUUUCCCGCAUCACAAAGCAGGCGUUUUUUGUUAAAUAUGGAUAUUUAAUGGCAAACCUUCCAGGUGUUUUAGUCCGAAAAGUUACUACAGACUAUGGACAAACCAAAGCUAACGUUAAGGACUACCAGACGGCGAAGCUAGAACUGUUUUCCGCUUUCAAGCGAGAGGAUCUUGGAAGCUGGUUAAAGAAACCCAUUGAACAAGACGAAUUCGGCCUUGCCGAAUGACUGCAUUCAUCCCUAUUACAUAAUUCAAUAAAAGACAACAGUAACGGCAAGCAAUUAAUAGAUUUAGAAGAUGUAGGUUUUAUGACAAAUUAUAACUUAGAAUGCAAAUACAGUCGGGUGACCAAACAGCGAUAUGAACUUCACAUGAUUAAGAACCUGCCAACCCUACGUACCCAAUGCAACAGCAAGCACAAAGAUGCUAAUGCUCGAAAUAUAAAAAGCGGCCCUAGAAUAUUUAUAGAAUAGAAUGUAGUUUUUAUGCUGGAACUGAGUAAAGGAGUAUUAUGGCGUUUUUUUGUUAAAUCAAUUAAAUUAAAAAUUUUGCUAAAGCAAGUUCUUCAUUUAAUUUUUCUCAAAACAUUAAAACGAAAUCCCCUUAACCACUCAUUUUCAAUUUUCAAGUAGUCAAUCACUUUAACCACACAUUUUUAAUUUUUAAGUAGUGACUUUUUAAGUUAAAUGGAUAUAAUUUAAAACAUAAAAGACCAACAAGUAAAAACUAUAGUUACGAUAAACCAAACAACUUUUUAUGUUAAGUAAUUUUAUUUGCACGCAUAAUUUUUAUAAGUUUACUCGUGGUAUUAUAAAGAUUUUAGGUAAAUCCACAUUACAUGAUUUUUUCUUCAGAUCAUAAAACAUAAGUUUUUCUUGAAUUUUUAAGAAAUAAAUUUAUUUUUGGUUGAAAUCAUUGAACUUUAAAAACAUUUGUUAAUUAAACUAUGUUGAUUUCUUAACGGUAUUAGUUAAAAAAUAACACCAACAAAAUAAUAAAAUUGUUACCUAUUUGAUAGCAUAACAGACACAUUUGAGCUACCUUAAUGUUAUCAUAAAGCUUGCAAUGCCAUUUCGUCUAAUGUAGGACGACAAAAAUUGUGUCCAAUUUGUUGUACAUCAAACAUAUUUCUUCCUCAUUCCUUCCAGUUCGACAAUUUGUAAUUGUUAAUUGUCAAAAAAAAAAUUUUUAAUGAUUGCUCUUCCAAAGUGACCUGAAAAAUUCUUAUUCAAUUUGUGUAAAUUUGGCUCACCUUUUCAGUUGCACAUAUGGAAAGAACGAUUUAUAAACUAGUCGGGUCUGUUAUUGUCAUUCUAAUUUAAAACUCAGUGAGGUAGGAAAGAGACUAUUUCAAAGACUAAUUUCACACAACACGAAAAUGAAAAAGACCGCAAGAUUUUAGAGUAAGACAGCUUGUUUGAUUUAUGAAUAGUUCUUCUGAAUCGAAUCAAUAAAAAAAACCGAAUACAAUAAAGUAUAUAUGUAUAUCUUUGUCUUAAGAUAUUAUUUUUUCUUAAACCCUAAAAUUUAUUUUUUUUGUUUAAAGGUGUUAUAAUUCGGUUAUUAAUCCAUUGGUGUUUAUUUUUUUUGCAACCAGUCGUCAAGUAAAUUCAACUGGUUAUUUUUUUCGACCGAUUUGAUGAAAAAUUGUGGUUAUACGCAAUAUUGUGUUUGGGACUUAAUAGGUUUUUAAGAAUUAAGAUAACAUUACAUGAUUUAAGAAUAGAAAUAACUUGAGUUGCGUUCUAAAAAGGUUUCAAAUUUCUUUAAUAUUUGUUUUACAGUUAUUUUGAAUCAGGGCACAAAACAAGCUUUAAAUUUUUAAAGUUUUUAAUCGCCUCUUACUUUUUUUCAAAAUUGUAAGUAUUUUUUUUAAUCAAAAUUUUAAAAAUGUAUCUAACAUAUUUGGUUUAAUUUUCUGAUGCCUAUUUAAAAGAUAUUCGCAUUUUUUGUAAAAAAUAAGGCUAUAACUUGUUCGAUUUUCUCAAUUACAUGACUAUGAUAAUAAUAUAUAGCAUUAUAAUAUGACGAUAUACUUGAACUUAAGAAUUAUUUGCAAAAAAAAACAAAACGGUAUAUAAUGAAUAAACAAAAGUUGAUCUUAUAUAAAAUACUGUGAUACUAAAUUUUACUAGUACUUCCAGCAUAGCUGCAUUUUAUCCAUUCUUAAAUAUUCUAUGAUAUAGAAGCAGCAGCAGAUAAUAAUCACUGACUAUAUAGGAAAACAACAAAAUUUUUAAUGACAUGUACAAAAUUGCUUGUCUACAUUAGAUUUUCAAAUAAGGAAUUUUACAAAAUAUAACACUACGUAUGGUAAAGGUAGGUAAAGCAUUGGGAUUUCUCGAAUAUAAUUUUUUUAUUGCCAUGCCAUAAAAAAUAUGUUCAGUAAGGACUUCCUGACAUUUAAGUCAGAAACUUGCGAAAAACAAUAUGUUGGAAAAUGUAUUUAAUAAAAUCCUUAAUAUAUAGGUUAGACGCUGAUUCAUUUAAAACUCAGCUUAUUAAUAUUUAUUGAAAUAAUCUAAGAAAUACCUUUGAGAUAUCUAAUCUGUUUAUGAGAGAAUACAUAUUUACUAAGGUAUGCUAAUCAUUAAACAAGUUUUCUUCUCUUGUUAUAGAAUAUUUAAAAUUAUUCACUCAUUAAGUUAUUUUUUUUGUACUAUGUGUACACAUAUUAUUUCACAAUUUAAUUAGAACUUUUUGAAAAAGAAAAACAAAAUUACUGUUUGAAUGAAUACCAAUUUUUGGGAGCUUGAAUUUACAUUUAAAUAAUUAAAGUAUUUCCCUCCUUUAAAUAAAAAUGCAGUCAAGCUAAAAUAAUUAGAUGCUUGUAGAAAACGGUGGCUUAUAUUGUUUCCCGACAAACAGUGAUAAAAAAUAUUCGUUAAAAUUCGUACUUAUAUGAUGUGCGGUUAAACAAAACUGAAAAGUGUUAUCAAAACCAUAUAGCUAAAAAGAUAAAAAAAAAUGCUACUACAUACGCACGUACGUAUGCAAGUAAUCUUAUGCAGAUUAAUGGAUAAGUCGUAUAGGACAAAAAUACUAUGUGCAACAGUCUAAACACUUAAAAUAAUUUAUUAAAAUUUUGAGUAAAUUUGAAUUUUUUAGAAUCAAAAAUAUAUAAAUAUAUAUCCAAACACGGGCGAAAUGGAAGGUGAACAAUUACUAUUUAUUUGUAGUUUUUCAAAAGUUGAAAGACUAUAACUCAUUAAAUAUCUAAGACAUAACACAGAAGAGAACGGAUAAAAAUGACUUAAAUAUAAAUCUUAUAUAAUUUACAUAGUUUUGAUGCAAUGUCAUAUUUAAGCACCGUAUCUGAUUAACACCUAAAUCAAUCAAUAUGAACUCCUUAUUGCGACAACAUUUAUAUUAAAAACACAGUAACACUUUAUAUCUAACAAACUGAAGAAGCUAACCCAGAAAUUAUGUUUUUACAUACAAAGGUACAGGAACAUUUCGAUAGUCAAUAUUUUAUCACGUCAGUAGAGAUAACCAAUCAUAAUAAUACCAAAGUUAGACAUACUAUAGUCUGAACGUCGUUUCUAUUAACACGUAAUUUGUUCCCAAAUUGUACGAAUAAAAUGGAUAAAUCAAAAGAAAGACUCAAAAAAAAUUGUCGCUUGUUUAGUUAAAACAAAAAUCAUAACCAGGAAAUCAACUUAUGCAUUACUAAAAAUACUUAGAAACCCACACGUAAAUAUGUAAGUAAACCUUCGUUUUGAAAACUACUGCAAAUACCUAUUCAAUUGAAUAAUUAAUGGCUAAAAUAUCUAGGUAAUGACUACCUUUUACAAUUUAAGUCAGCAAACAAAUGAAUUAACUGAAAAACUGUAAAGUACAUUUUACGAUGGUCUUUUUAUUUUAUAAUCAUCUGUCAGCCAAUAAAAUAAACCCAAAGUAAAAACA